AUGAAGAGUUCCCUGGCUGUCAUAGUGCUGCUGUCUUUAGUAGUGGCAAAACUAUGUCAUGCUUACUGCCUUGGGUCCCAAGAGCAACAGAUGCCCAGUGGACUCCAAACAAAGGUGAGGGUGACAGGUUUGGUAUUGCAGAGCGCAGGUGGCAAAUCGAAAAGUUUAGAUACCUACAAGCUAUCCCCAUCCAUGCUGCGGCGAUUGUAUGAUGGCCAAGGAAUUUCCUAUGAGGCCCUGCUCAGACUGACAGGCAAGGAAGAAAUCAGUCCUCAGGCACUUGCCUCUUCCCAAAAACGGGACAUGCACGACUUCUUUGUUGGACUCAUGGGCAAAAGGACUACAGAGCUUGAUAAUCCCACAGAAGGGAACAAAGGAAUGCUCACUAGCUUUGGUGACCUGAAGUACUCAUCAGAUGCAGAAUAAGGUACCCUUACAAAACUGAGGACAAGCACAAUGUCUGCAGGACCUCAACUCAAGCUACUCACAAGAAGCUGAUUUCAUUCACCAAAGCCCAGCACUCUCAACCAAACCAGAGCUCUUUGAUGUAUCCCAGGGACCAUCCUCUGCCAUUUCUUGCCAUGUUCCAUUUCCUUGAUUCUGCCCAGUAUCUUCUGCCUGUUCCUCAUUGUAACUCUAGUGUUUUACUGUUUGGAAAUAUGCUCCUCCCCUCCGGUGCUUUGCCCCUCUGUGUACAUACUUAACAGAUUCGCAGAUAACUCUCUCAUGCUGCACGCAAAGUCACCUUCGCCGCCUUCACUUUUGUGGCACAAAUGAAGAACAUCUCAGAAUCGU